AAAGUUGUAAUAAGUCCCCUCGCAAGUGGCCAAAUUGUGGCCACAAAGACCUACCAGCUGAUCCCAUGCAUUGCAAUUACAUGGAGCAUAUGAACGCAAUGCCUCCUCUGUAGCUCACACAUACCGAUUGCUGGCGCAGUGUGCAACCGCAAGGAAAGGGCGCCGUCCUCUCUUCAGAAACCAGCAGCAGGAUACAACACAAGUGUCAUCGAUGUUCCCUGUUCUUCUGCUGCUUUUGUUGCCGCAUGUACUCCAGUCGGCAUGGGCGAGAACAUUCAGUAACAUGACUGACAUGGAUACCUUGCUGGCAUUCAAGGCAAGUCUAAGCAUCCAGCCAGGUGCCCUAGCUGCAUGGAACACAACUACUGAUUUCUGUUCAUGGCCAGGUGUCAGUUGCAGCCUCAAGCAUAAGCACAGGGUUACCGUGCUGAACCUCGCUUCGGAGGGCCUUGCCGGAACAAUAACACCAUCAAUUGGAAACCUCACGUUUCUGAAAAUACUAGACCUCAGCCAAAACAAUUUUCAUGGAGGAAUACCUUCAUCAGUUGGCUGUUUAUUUCGGCUACAACAUCUUAACUUUUCCAGCAAUUCACUUGAUAGUGAUAUAAACCCGGACAUGAAGAACUGCUCCAGUCUUGAGAGCGUCGAUCUUGAUUUAAAUUUGCUAACCGGAGAAAUCCCUGCAUGGCUUGGAGGCUUGCCAAAUCUGAAGACCAUACAACUGUAUAGGAACAGGUUCACUGGGAUAAUCCCGCCGUCAAUUGCCAACCUCUCAGCACUGGAAACAAUCGAUUUCGCUGCAAACCAACUGGAAGGUGUCAUCCCAGAGGGCCUUGGCAAGAUGACUAGUCUCUCCUCCAUUAUACUGAGUGAAAACCACCUCGCAGGCACUAUCCCUGCAGCUUUCUUUAACCUUUCCUCUCUGACCACCUUCGCUGUGGCAGCAAAUAAGUUGCAUGGUAAACUGCCCUCAGACUUGGGGGCUCACCUCCCAAAUCUCAAGGACCUACUCCUCGGCACCAAUAGGUUUACAGGAUACCUUCCAGCUUCUCUUGUGAAUGCAACAAAGAUUUAUAGACUAGACAUGUCGUUCAACGGCUUGACCGGUAGAUUGCCUCCGGAGAUUGGAAUGCUCUGCCCAAAAUACCUCAGUGUUUCAGAAAAUCAGAUCGUGGCAAGUACCCCGCAGGACUGGGAGUUCAUGACGUUCUUGACAAACUGCACACGCCUUCGUGUAUUAAGGCUCUCUGGAAACAUGCUAGCUGGCGUGUUGCCAAGCUCUGUUGGCAACUUAUCAGCACAACUUCAAGUACUUUAUGUUGGAUAUAAUAUGAUUUCUGGAACAAUACCAUUUGGCAUAAGCAAUCUUGUCAGACUAAAUUAUUUAACACUCUCUCACAACCAAUUUACUGGUGUCUUGCCUGAAAGCAUGGGAAGGCUAAAUUUGCUACAAGCCUUGUUUAUGCAUGAUAAUCUGUUGACAGGGUUCAUUCCAUCCUCCCUUGGAAACAUGACACAGCUACUAGGUCUUGGUGCAUGGAGUAACAAGUUUGAGGGGCCUCUUCCAGCAAGCUUAGGGAGCCUCAAGGAGAUAACUGCAAUCGACUUAUCAUAUAAUAAGUUCACAGGUCCAUUGCCUAAAGAGAUCUUUAACAUAUCGUCCCUGUCGGACACCCUAGAUUUGGAAGGCAACUACUUUACUGGUCCUCUUCCACCUCAAAUUGGCGGUCUGACAGCGCUUACAAACUUGUACCUCUCCCAGAACAACUUAUCUGGGACACUGCCCAAUGAACUCAGCAAUUGUCAAAGCUUGGUAACACUCUUGUUGGACCAUAACUCCUUUAGUGGUACUAUUCCCUCAUCUAUCAGCAAAAUGCGAGGCUUGGCAUUUCUAAAUCUUACCAAGAACACACUCUCCGGUGAGGUUCCUCAAGAGUUCGGACUCAUGGGCGGCAUUAAAGAAUUGUAUCUUGCACACAACAACUUGUCUGGUCAUAUUGCUGAAAGCUUGGAAAACAUGGCAUCAUUGUACCAAUUAGACCUGUCCUUCAAUAAUCUGGAUGGCAAAGUUCCAUCACAGGGCGUGUUUAGUAAUGUGACCGGAUUUCUAUUUGAAGGGAAUUCAGGGCUUUGUGGUGGUAUUUCAGAAUUACAUUUGCCCCCAUGCCCACCAGAAUCAAUGGAACACACCAUGAGAAAACGCAAUUUGAUUAUCACAAUAGCUACCCCAAUUGCUGGCAUAAUUAUAUGCUUGUGUGUGGUGCUUGUUUUCUUCACAAUAAGAAAGAAAUCAAAAGCUCGGUCCACAACCAUGGGAGGAUUUCAACUUAUGGAUGACAAUUAUCCUAGAGUUACUUAUGCUGAAUUGGUCCAAGGAACAAGUGGCUUUGCUACAGACAAUUUGAUUGGUAGAGGACGAUAUGGAUCAGUGUAUAAGUGUAGUUUGCUGCUAAACACCAUUAUGACCACAGUAGCUGUGAAGGUGUUUGAUCUUCGACAGUCUGGAUCUUCCAAAAGCUUUCUAGCUGAAUGUGAGGCACUUGGUAGGAUCCGCCAUCGAAAUUUGAUUAGUGUCAUAACUUGCUGCUCAAGCUCUGACUCAGACCAAAACGACUUCAAGGCCCUUGUGUUGGAGUUCAUGCCUAAUGGGAGCCUAGAUAGGUGGUUACACAUUGAUGUACAUGCAUCACAGCAACUGCAAGGUUUGACAUUGAUGCAGAGAUUAAAUAUUGCAGUUGAUAUUGCUGAUGCAUUAGAUUAUUUGCACAACAACUGUGAACCACCAAUAAUUCACUGCGACUUGAAGCCAAGCAACAUUCUUCUUAACGAGGAUUUAGUUGCUCACAUUGGGGACUUCGGCCUUGCAAAGAUUCUUUCUGAACCAGCAGCGGAGCAGCUGAUUAAUUCAAAGAGCUCCAUUGGAAUAAGAGGAACGAUUGGAUAUGUAGCUCCAGAGUAUGGCGAAGGCGGUCAAGUUUCUUCAUGUGGAGAUGUAUAUAGCUUCGGAACUGUCAUCCUCGAGUUGUUUACAGGCAUGGCACCAACUCAUGAUAUGCUCAGAGACGGGUUAACCUUGCAUAAGCAUGCCGAGAAUGCAUUUACAGGGAUGCUAAUGCAGAUUGUUGAUCCAGUGCUACUUUCCAUUGAAGAAGCCAAUCUGACUAGUCUGCAGGAUGGAAGCAACACAAUGGAACAUGGCAGAAAUGCCAUAUUGUCUGUCAUGAAGGUUGCGCUAUCAUGCAGCAAUCAUGCACCAACAGAGAGAAUGUGCAUGAGAGAUGCUGCUGCUGCGAUUCGCAGGAUAACGGAUAGCUAUGUUAAAAAUAAGACAAACUGAGGAAGUUGUUGCAACUGCAUAUAACACAAAGCAUUUUGCUGAAACAAGAUCAGCACCUGAAACAUCCAGGUCAGCCCCCCUGAAGCGGCGUCAUGCUUAAUUUGCUUUGUAGUGGUUAUGUUUUGCAUUCCAAGUGUGGUGUUGUAUAUGUUAGUUUCUGCCUAGCCAUUAUCUUUUAGUUACAUAUACAUAUGUAAUUUGUUCAGAGAGGUCCAACGAGUGUUGAAGGCCUUAGCCUAGGCCAAGUCGGGCUUUCGAGCCUACUCUCUAAAAAAGAGUUGUGUAAAUGGAAGGCGGAUACAAGUCGCAUCUGGGUUGAGUUUGAAUAAGACACUAUAUCUCAUCAGAUUUUAAAUUGGUGUUGUAUUGCAUUUGA